ACACGGAAGCGCCGCACAACAACUCGAAUUAUCUCAUCCGUUCAUGUUUGUAUUUUUCUAGGCUGCGUUUUGUUUGUUUAAUGCUUGCCACUCCACCGAGUUGAUUUCCUCGAUGUUCUCGUAGUAAGUAGCCGACUCUAUUAAACAAGCUGUCAACAGCAAACCAAAGAUGCCAGCUCGUAGCUUUGUGUCCAACGGCGCUCCUGCUAGUAAAGUGAAGUAUUCCAGGUUGGCCACUCAUGACGACGGCUACAUUGAUUUACAGUUCAAAAGAAGCCCACCCAAAGUCCCAUACAAAGCCAUAGCACUCGCCACAGUCCUUUUUUUGAUUGGCACUCUGUUAAUCAUCAUUGGUUCUCUUCUCCUGGCUGGAUACUUUGGAGUCACUCACUCUGACCGCACCGUUCCCGUCCUGGUGAUAGGAAUCCUUGUUUUUCUUCCUGGAAUUUACCACCUGCGGAUAGCUUAUUACGCAUCGAAAGGAUACCCAGGAUAUUCCUAUGACGACAUCCCAGACUUUGAUGAUUAAAUGUUUUAUUUGUAACAAAAUGAUGUCCCCACAUUUCUGACUUUCAUCUCUCCAUGACAGAGUUAUUAUUGUGUUUAAAAUCUAAAUUUUUACAUUGUGUUGUAGCUUCCCUUGCCGCCGAUAUGAAGCACCUGAUAUGUACUUGUUUUGUUUCUCAGUAAAUGAAAACGGCUACAAUUUAUGACUUUCUUGGUUCACUUAUUCCUGAAGCAACCAUUUUAGAAUGGGUCCUACCCUAUAAUAUUUCAGACAACAUUUUUCCACAGCAGAAGAUGGCUGUGCUAGAAAUGGUGCGGGAUAAUGUAAAACUUAAGGAUAAUUUGUUAUUAGCCCAAACGAAUUGUGUGGCACAACCAUUUACUUUUUGGUAGAGUGGUUAGCACGACCGGCUCACAGUUCUGAGAUCAAGAGUUUUUGCUGCUUCGAGUAUUCAUUUAAUAAUGAGAGUGGCGUUGUAAUGAUAUGUUUUGAAAGUGUUUAGUUUUACUGAUUUAGGUGGAUACACUCCCCUCCAGUGGCAACAGUGAAUAUUACAUCACUCAUUUAACAUAGCUGAAUCCAGCUUCUCCCUGUUAGGACCCACAUAAGCCAAUAUGUUUUUUGUGUAUUCGUAAUUUAGUUUAUAGGUAUAUUUAGCUGUUUUUUGUGGGAAUAUGUAUGAAUGACUUAAGCAUAUUGUUUUUGGAAGUGCAAUCUUAUUAGGCCUUUGCUUUCCUUCCAAAAUUUAUUCUACAACGCAUUAAAUGUUCCUAAACAGAUUACUCGAUUAUCCAAACUAGUUGAUGGAUUAAUAGACUACUAAAAUAAUAGAUUCUGAAACCCUUACUACAAGUACUUAAGCAUGAUUGAGUGAUGUACUGUACUCUGAUGUACAAAUUAGCUGUUGU